CAUUUCGCAGGGCUCAUGGCAGCUCUGCACCCCCUCCUGACUACAACAUUACCGUACCAAAUAAGGUUCAUCGUGAACCUUGUAUGUACAGUUGUACAAGCUCGUUCAAUGUUUGUAUUUAUUUCUAUACUUUUAAUUCUUCAAGAAGUUGCAGCCCAGGUGAGGGUUUCUGGUGUUAAGUCUGGUUUAGUCCCGGAUCCUGGUUCCAGUAGGCCUGGUGGUGCUCCUAAACCUGGAUUGCUAUCUCCUGGAGAUAUUGUUGGUAGUCUAGAUGCAGGAUACUCUGUGGCAUAUUCAGAUCUAUCAGAAAAGGAGGAAUCAGGAGAAUCAGGAGAAACAGGAGGAUCAGGAGGAUCAACACUUGAGCUCUCUUUCAACCUUGGAGGAUCCGUAGGAUUUGAUGGAUCAGUGAAGGGAUUGGCAUCAACGCGUGAGGGAUCAGAGCCGGAAAAAGAUGGAUCGGAACUGGAUCAUGAAACUCCAGGAUCCUUGGAUGGAUUGGAAGGAUUGGAGAGAGGGAAGGGAGGACAGGAAGAUAAUGGACGAGAUGAGAACGGAGAGAAGAGAGAUGAGGGGAACCUGAGGAAAAAGAAAAUACAUCUUGGAAGAUCUAAGAACAUGUUUUCUGGACUGCUGGUGAUUGGAAUGCACAUAAUUAUAACUGCGCUGUUCUCCAUGGUGCUGGGGUGGUCUCCACCUUUAUAGAAGUGUACACUGUACACUGUACAGUACUGCAAACCUAAACCUAUAUUGUACUUACUUCGUAGUAGGCAUCGGCAAUGCAAUUUGUCAUCAACUUUUUAUCUAAGACCCAAAUAAAGAACAUAUACAUGUAUGGAUUUAAAACAAUUGAAA